AUGUCAGUACGCAAAAAUGUAUUAUUUUUAUUUGACGUCGAUGGUACAUUAACUAAACCACGUCAAGUAAUCAAGGAAGAAAUGAAAAGAUUUCUCCUGGAAGAAUUGAAGCCUCGGGUCUCUGUUGGUCUUGUGAGUGGAUCUGAUUACACUAAAAUUGUUGAACAAAUGAAUGGAGAGCAAGUAACUAAUGAGUUUGACUAUGUUUUUUGUGAAAAUGGUCUGAUGCAAUACCAAAAUGGAGUGUUGAAAAGUAAACAGAGUAUACUUAAUCAUAUUGGUGAGCAGAAGCUGCAGAAACUUAUUAAUUUUGCACUUAAAUACAUGUCUGAUAUUGAACUGCCUGCCAAAAGAGGUAAUUUUGUGGAGUUUCGGUCGAGUAUGAUAAAUAUUUGUCCGGUUGGACGUUCCUGCAGUCAAGUUGAGCGAGAGCAAUUCUCAGCAUAUGACAUGGAAAAUAAAGUUAGAGAAAAGUUUGUGAAUGCUCUAAAGGAAAAAUUUUCUGAUUAUGGCCUGACCUUUGCGUUGGGUGGUCAGAUCAGUAUAGAUGUAUUUCCUGCAGGCUGGGAUAAGACAUAUUGCUUAAAUCAUGUUGCUGAAGCAAAUUAUGAUGAAAUACACUUUUUUGGUGAUAAAACUGAAAAAGGUGGCAAUGAUUAUGAAAUCUUCAGUGAUAAAAGAACCAUUGGCCACAAAGUAAUGUCUCCUGAAGAUACCAGAGCAGAAGUUAAGAAAUGUCUUAAUCUUCUAUGA